AUGGGGAAAUACAUAAGGAAGAGCAAAAUCGAUGGAGAAGCAAUAGCUUUGAUGGAUGUUUCUCCUUCUUCUCUCGGUGUUCUCACUCGAGCUAAGUCCUUAGCUCUCCAACGCCGCCUUCAAAAACCCUCGUCGUCUUCCUCUUCGCUGCCGACUUCUCCACCUCCUAAUCCACCGUCGAAAAAGAAGCAGAAGCAGCAGAUAACUGAUUGCGGCGGCUCGUAUCUCCAGCUCAGGAGUCGUCGGCUCCAGAAGAAGCCUCCAAUUGUCGUGAUUCGUUCGAGUAAACGGAGGAAACAGCAGCGGAGGAAAGAGACAUGCGGCCGAAACCCUAACCCUAGUCCCCAAAAUUUGGAUUCCACCGUUGGGUCUAUUGGUGACGGCUCUAAGUCGGAUUCGGUUGCUGAGAGUGCUGUUUGUGGGAAAGCGAAGGAAUUGAAUGUUGAAAUCAACAAAGAUCCAUGUGCUGAAACUUCAUUUGGGGAAAAUUUCUUGGAGCUUGAAGGCAGUGAAAGCUUCAACAGGACCACAAGAGAAUCCACACCAUGCAGUUUGAUAAGAAGGCCUGAAACCAUCACAACUCCGGGAUCGUCUACGAAGCUUAACGUUGGUGUAAGUGACUACAGCAACCGGGGAGAAGAGAGUUUGUCCGGCAGCCACCGUCACCUACCAACCACACCUGAAAUGGACGAGUUCUUCUCUGGUGCUGAAGAAGAACAACAAAAGCAAUUCAUUGAGAAGUACAACUUUGAUCCUGUGAACGAACAACCACUACCAGGAAGGUUUGAAUGGAAGAAGGUAGAUGAUUAG